CUAUUCCUCCACACAAUAGCAGCAACUGAAACAUUGACUGAGGAAUUGGAGGACGAGGAAGAAGACAUGGAUUGUAUCGUCUCCAGUUCUACGAUUCUUAUCCGAUCAUAUCUCACUCCGGUUCGUUCUCUCUCUUCGGCUGCCUCCGUAUCCGUCAAGCCUCUGAGCUCAGCGCAGGUCGCAUCCUUCUCGGCUAAUAGCCACAUACUUUCGUUCAGGUCCGGUGGUAAACGAACCAGGAAACUCUUAGCUAAUGCUUCUAGGUCGGCGAUAAGAUGCGGCGGAAUCAAAGAGAUCGGAGAAAGUGAGUUUUCGAGUACGGUUCUGGAAUCGGACCGGCCGGUUCUGGUGGAGUUCGUCGCGACUUGGUGUGGUCCCUGCAAAUUGAUCUAUCCCGCUAUGGAAUCCUUAUCUCAGGAAUAUGGUGACAGAUUGACGAUUGUAAAGAUUGAUCACGACGCUAAUCCCAAGUUAAUAGCAGAUUUCAAGGUUUAUGGUUUACCGCAUUUCAUCCUCUUCAAAGACGGGAAGGAAGUUCCAGGUAGCAGAAGGGAAGGUGCUAUUACAAAAGCCAAGCUUAAGGAGUACAUUGAUGGUCUCUUGAACACAAUAUCUGUUUCUUAAUCGUCUCUCUUUCUCUCCACUGGUAUUCCUCGGUAUCAACACACUAUUUAUUGUGUAAACAAAAUCUCUUCUUCCCAUUAUGAUCUUCAUCACCCGUUUCUUAUCAAAUGUGUAAAUCUAGCAACAAGUUUUACUAAUGGAAAAGACUUGAGCUCUUCUCAGAAUCAAACAAGUAUCAUAGGGAUAUAUACAUCUAGGUUUCUUUGCU